AUGGCUGUCGGAAUCACCCAAACCAUGGCUGCAGCCACCACCAACGUCCCGCUUUGUCUUAAGGCCACUUUCAAGGACACACCAAGCCUAAACAACUUUGAUAAGCUCGUCCAAGCCUUGAAGGAUGCCCUUGGGCCGUCGUCGGGUCUGACUUCGGAUGACGUCGAUGUCGAACACCUCACUCGCUUGAUGCAAGAGUAUCAGAGUGAUGAGGUGGAGUGGUCGAGGUUUGCCUUUGGCGAUGCGAGCCGGGGGUACACUCGCAACUUGGUUGAUGAAGGGAACGGGAAGAGCAAUCUUCUCGUCCUAGUCUGGUCCCCAGGCAAAGGCUCCCCCAUCCACGACCACGGCAACGCGCACUGCCUGAUGAAGAUCCUCCAGGGCAACCUCACGGAAACCCGCUAUGCCUUUCCCGAUUCUUCCACCUCUUCCUCCUCCUCCUCAGAAUCGAAACCAAUGCAAGUAAUCUCGGAAAAGGUCUACCGCGAAAACCAGGUGGCCUACAUGGCCGACGAGCUCGGCGUGCACCGCGUGUGGAACCAAGACCCGGACAACUUUGCCGUCUCGUUGCACCUGUACACGCCGCCCAACGUGGCCAAGGGGGGGUGUAACAUCUUUAACCCGGAGACGGGCAAGAAGAGCCAUGUGCCCAAGUGCGGGUACUACUCGGCUUAUGGGAAAAGGUUGAAUGAGUAA